GUUCCACAUUUCUUAGCAUCGUCACACAGCUCUCGCGAGACUCUGUGUUCUGAAACAGCUGACUGUGCUGUGGGUGGUGCGAUCAAGUGGCUGCUAUCUAUUUCGAACAGUUACAAACCUGAUAGUGCAAAUAAUCGGUCGACAGCGUUUUGAAAUUUAGUACUGUUUGGACACUGAUAAUAGUUUACAUCACAACAUGGCUGAGACGGAUCCCAAGUCGGUGCAGGACCUUACCAAUGUGGUCCAGACACUGCUGCAACAGAUGCAGGACAAGUUCCAGACCAUGUCAGACCAGAUCAUCGGGAGGAUUGAUGAGAUGAGCACGCGCAUUGAUGAUUUGGAGAAGAACAUCGCCGACCUGAUGACCCAGGCUGGUGUUGAAGAGAUUGAGGCAGCACCGGAAAAGGUUAAGGAGGGUCAAGGCUCAUAAUGAAGGUUCCUGAGUUACAUGAUGCGAAGUCGGUCCUGUAUUCAGGAGCAGCAGACGUUUCCAUUUUGAAAAAUUAAUAAUAUUGAUUUGGUGUGUCGUUGUGUGAAAUGCUUUUUUUAUAUAUGGAAUAUUGUGAUAAACGGUUACAGUUAUGUAAUAACUUGAAAAGUUGAACAUUAUUUGUAAGCUAGAAUAGUGUGAUAUGCACUUCAGAACUUUAAAUGCUCGUUUGCAGUAAUGCAAUUUAGAGAUUUUGUGUGCCGACCCGGAGGUUAUUUCCCCGCCAUCAUAUAUCAGUUAAUUAAAUCCCAUGAGGAGAUGGCUGAUGGGGACAUUUUUGCCUGAGCCUGCGCUGAGAAGUACAACCGGCAGGCCAGUGGAACCUCCAUCCCUACCAACACGGGAAACGGGCACAGUGAACAUCUGAAGCCUGAAGUGUUUCACAAACAGCACUGUCACUACCAAGGUGUGGGAUGCAUUCCAAAUGAUUUUCUUUUAUUAAAGCUAUUUAAUACAAUGCUG